CGCCGCCGGGAGCAGCAGGCUGCCGGGAGAGCGCGUGCGCAGAAGGGGCACCGCCGGGCGGCGGCGAGCCCUCCUGCUCGGCAGGGGGUGCUGUGGGUCGGGUCGGCGCCCAGCAGCCAGAACGCACGAGUUAGCCCCAGCCCCAGGCCCGGUGCUGGUCCCCCCGCGCGAGGAGCCGCCGCCGAUCCCGCCAGGAGCCGCCGCCCGCCUCGCGCGAGCCGCGUGAAGCCGCCGUCCCUGCCCGCAGGCCCGCCGCGGCCGAGCGCCCCGCGCCAUGCCCAAGAAUAAAGGCAAAGGAGGUAAAAAUAGGCGACGAGGUAAGAAUGAGAAUGAAUCGGAAAAAAGAGAACUGGUGUUCAAGGAGGAUGGGCAAGAAUAUGCUCAGGUGAUCAAGAUGUUAGGCAAUGGAAGACUGGAGGCAUUAUGUUUUGAUGGUGUGAAGAGGUUAUGUCAUAUUAGAGGGAAACUAAGAAAAAAGGUUUGGAUAAAUACAUCUGAUAUUAUAUUGGUUGGCUUAAGAGACUACCAGGAUAACAAGGCUGAUGUUAUUCUAAAGUACAAUGCAGAUGAAGCCAGAAGUCUGAAAGCAUAUGGGGAGCUUCCAGAACAUGCUAAAAUCAAUGAAACAGACACAUUUGGUCCCGGAGAUGAUGAUGAAAUCCAGUUUGAUGAUAUUGGAGAUGAUGAUGAAGAUAUUGAUGACAUCUAAUUUGGAACAGAGGUUUACAUUCCGACUUUUUUCCUCCAAGGAUUGUUCUACAUUGAUAUUUCGAUUAUUUUUUUGGGUGGAGUCCCUUUCUUUUAAGAAGACUGAAAAUUCUCAGUAAAGAGUGUAGUUUGUUACAUCAAAAGGAUUUAUUUUCAGUGUUUGUUUUAAAGUAUUUAUAUUUCUUUAGAAACGGAUAAUGCUGGAUUAUCACAAAGGUUCAAUGAAAUGCCACAAAUAUUUUGUCUCUUCACCAAUUAGAGCUUUUACCUCUGGAUGUAAGUGAGAUGCAGUGACAUGGGCUGUAAAAGACUGCAUUUUUCCCUCUUCUGCUUUCAUCACUACAAUUCCAGUUAAACUUGUAUUUUGAAAUAAAAAUUGUUUACCCUGUAAUUAUCAUGGAUUUUGAUUAAAUGCAAAUGCCCAGUUCAGAUUAGUAUCAAAUAAUACUAUGCAGUGUCUGUCCUUAUACCCCUUGCCUUGAUGUUAACUUUAAGAAGAUUUUGAUAAUAUAAAAGGAAGGCAGAAAUGUGCAUUUAAAUGCAUAAUGCAUGACCAAUCUGCUUUUCACGUCUAGUAGCAUGCUGCUAUUUUUAUACUGAUUUUGAUAAUUAAAAACACUCAUUAUUUCAAAGAUGUAAAUUUGCCACAGUGGAGGGGUAGGGGAGAAGUAAAGAUAAAAAGUAAGCAGCAUCUCAAAUUUGCAGUUAACUGUCUUGUUACGUGUAGUUGCAAGUCAAGCUGUAGUUGCAGACGAUGAACACUGGGUGGCACCCGACUGAACAGGGAUACAUUGAUAGAAAACAUCAGCAGUUGGGUUUGUACUGGAAAAUACGCAAAAUAGUUUUUCCCCAAAGCGAAUGCUUAACAUUCUUGACAUGUUAAACAUGUAGAAUAUUUUUACAUUAUAGAAAAGGUUAUGUUAAGACUAGAGUUUUAUUUUAAUCUUGAAAUCCAUACAUUGUAAGGUACAAUAGUAAAGCUUAUGUGAACUUCAAAUUAACAAUAUAAAUGAGAAAUUAAAUUUGUGUCAACCGUAGGAAAAGAGUCUUUUCAACCAGAAUAAAUCACUGAAACAAACUAAUGGAAAGAUUCUUCUCCACCUUCAGACAGGAGGAGUCAGUUAAGACGCUGAAUAAAGACUAACGUCAUCAUGCAAAUAUUAUUUUGUGGUAGCCUUAGUUUCUUUGUCUUCAAUUAUGUAUUUAACAACUCUGAAAGCAGGUUAAUGGAAAACUUCCUUUUGUGCCAUAAAAAUCUGAUUCUUGACUCUUGUAUUCGUAAACAGUCUUUUUGGUAUGAUGUAAAGUGACUACCCCAAUAGAUAAAACCAAAAUGGCUUUAAA